CGCUCUUUGCUCAUACCACCAACUUCUCUGUGCAUAUUCUAGCUUUUUAUUGUAUUCACAUUAUUUCGUUUUCUCUUAGUAGCUAUCUUCUCUCUAUCUGUUUACCAUUUGCCAUGGCCUCAGGCUCGUCUUGGACUCCAAAGCAAAACAAAUUGUUUGAGAAUGCUUUGGCUAUCUACGACAAGGACACUCCUGAUCGUUGGCAUAAUCUAGCCAGAGCUGUGGGUGGCAAAACCGUCGAGGAAGUGAAGAGGCAUUAUGAGUUGUUGGUUGAAGAUGUGAGGCAGAUUGAAGCUGGCCAAGUUCCUUUGCCUAAUUACAGAAAAACUGGCGAAACCUACAAUAACUACGCGGAUGAAGAACGAAGGCUGAAGGGUCUUAAGCUGUAGUGAAAAUUGAACCAGAAUCCCUAUCUCUCAAGUGAUGAGGGCAGCCCUAAUUAAGUAACAAUCAUGGAAUGCAAUUAGACCUCUCUCUCUCUCUUUCUCCAUUGUGAAAUGUUUCCUUGUCUAAUAUUUAUGUAGCAGGGUUGGGUCAUCAAUGACUCUAAUUAUAUCUGGUAUGCCCUUCUAGUGUAAUGGAUUUGUUGCAUAUAAUUAAUUAAUGCCAAGUUCUAUUUUAGAAUUA